AUGUUAUUAAAGCCGCGUAAGUGAAAGGAAUAAAUAUUUAAUUUUUUACAAGAAGUAACAUUAAAAUGGAAGAUUUUACAUGUCCACGAUGCCGAACUUCAAAAUUUCAAAACCCUUCAAUGAAAAUGAUGGUGAAUGUUUGCGGACACGGAUUAUGUGAGAGUUGUGUAGAUUUGCUUUUUCUUAAAGGAUCGGGCUCCUGUCCAGAAUGUAAAAUCCCACUACGAAGAAUAAACUUUAGAGUGCAGUUGUUCGAAGAUUCAACAGUGGAAAAGGAAGUAGAUAUAAGAAAACGGGUCUUAAAGGACUUUAAUAAGAAAGAAGAAGACUUUCAAAGUUUGCAAGAUUACAAUGAUUAUUUAGAAGAAAUUGAAACCAUUAUCUAUAAUUUAUCAAAUGAUAUUGAUAUCGUAAAUACAAAUAAAAAGAUAGAACAAUACAAGAGGGAUAAUAAAGAACAAAUUCUAAAAAGCAAAGGGAAGCUAGGUAGAGAAGAGUAUGAGUUAGAGGAAAUGUUGGAAAUAGAAAGGCAAAUGGAAGACGAACGUAAAAAAGAAAUGCACUUAGAAGAAAUAGAAACUAAGAAAAAGAAAAUAAGAGAGAAAGAAGCACUUAUUGAUGAAUUGAUGUUUUCUAAUGCAGAUGCUAAAAAUAUACUUAACACAUUUGCUCAGCAAGCUCAACAGGCAAAAGAAGAAGAAGUCAAGAAAGUCCCACAAAAGGUCACACAAUUUUCAACAGGAAUUCAGUUUGGACGUCAAAAUCAAGCUACCUUUUUGCCAGUACCUACAGAUGAAGGCCCGCUGUAUUCAUACCAACCUAUUACAUUCCCUGUAGAUGGUCCAGAACCACCAAGCGAAGUUGAUAUUGUAGAUAAACGUUUCUUAAAUCAUGUUAGAGCAGAGACUGAACAAGAAAGGGCAGGAGGCUUUAAGUCAAACAUUGCUUGUCUAAGGGCACUACAGGAUGCCAUGAUGGGUCUUUUUCAUACCAAAAAAUCAGUUGUAUGUUGACUUAAAUAUUAUUUAUUUUCAAUAAAGUUUUGAUAGUUUUUGUUAAUAUCUGUUUUUUAUAUGUCUACAAGAGAAUUUACUAGGUUGAUUUUAUUUUCGUUAUCAAUGAUAGGUUUACGAAAGUAAUGAAUGUUAAAAUUUGGUCGAAACCAUUAAAUAAAUGGCAGAACAAGCACAAUUCAUCAAACCUUCUGUAUAUGAAUUGGUAUCAAUGGACUGUUAUAAUGUUAUUUCUAUAUUCCCUACAUCUUAAGACAGUCAGGUAGAUACAACUACCAUAUAGAAAGCCAACAAAUUGUCCUGCUAUUUCCUACUUCUAGAGUGGUAAGCUACAGAAAAUGCCAGCUAUUUUGAUGGAAUUAAAAGAAAAUGAUUUACCACUAUCACUUCCUGUCUUUCAAGAUAAAAGUUCCUUAGUUUCAACUGGUCAUACACUCAUAAGUCGUCUUCCACCUGGUCCUUAAAUUGUGCUCUGUGUCUGCCUCUGCUCACUCCAUCCAGUCUGGUUAUAAAUGUGUUAGAAAUUUACGUUCAAAGCAGUCUAAACAUUCUUUACUGUUCACAUAUCUGACAGGUUUGAUAAUAUUACCACUAUUUUCGUUCUUUUUGUGACUAUUAAAAUGAUGUUAGGUUUCUUUAAUCCAUAGUGUGUACCAUUUGCUAAAUAUAUGUCUGUUCAUUUCUGCAGUUACUAACUUUGAUUUGUGAACUUUUUAAAGUAUAGGUUUCAAUCAUUAGCUCUUCAGGUUUUGAUACUUGUUUAUUAUUUGCUACCUUCAUAUACCUACUUUUACUAGUAUUAACAUGUAGCCCCACUCUUUUUGCUGCUGCUUCCAAUGAAGUGAACGAUUGGACCAGGUCCACCUUUCUUCUUGCUGUGAUAUCAAUGUCAUUUGCAUACACUAGUAUUUGAACACUCCCAUCCUCUCGUUAUUCCGGAUUCUCUAAUAGCUUUAAUACAAAAUAUAAUUUGUUGAUUUAUUUCCUAUAAUAUUUUUCGAUCAAGGAGGUAUAUUAUAUAAGGAAUCAAUAAGGAUUGGAAUAAAAAUGCAAGUAUGUUAAAACAUGUAUUAAUAAAUUGUAAGUAACAUUCACUGGAGCUUUUAUUUCCUUUCAAUGUGACAAAACGACAUGGAAAAUAGCACCUUCAAACAAUUAUGAUUAUUGUACUGAUACUAGAGAUGUAUUUAAACAUUUAUAUUAUUCUCAGUGAUUAAAAAAUAUGUUUACUUAUAGCUAUAACAUAAAAUAUUUAACUGUUGUUAUUAUAAACUUGCCAUGAUUUUAAUAUGGAUUGUAAAAUAAUUAAUGUGGAAAGUAUUAGGAUUGUAUUACCACAAUGCUUUCUCAAGGCAUAUCCUUAUUUUUAUCAUAUAAAAUUUGAACUAAAAUCGCGACAUACUGUAAUGACAUUCAUAUACAAUGCCAACAAAAAAAAUAUGUAAUGAGGAUAUCUGUGACAUGUUUUGAGAAGUUCUGAACAACUAUCAGUCUCGUAAAUCCAUUAAGGAUAGUAGUGUUUAUGUGCACACCUAAUAGAUAAACAAUUUAUUGAAGUCAUGCAGGGAAGGUAAUAAAAAUUGAAAGGUUUUUGUAAAUCCACCCUCGAAGUAAACAAAACUAUGUAGUAAAGGUAAGUCAAAAGGAUAGACAAAAAUGCAUAAUAAGUACUCUUUUUAGUAUAAAAGCGAAUAUUCUAAAAGAACUAAGACUUUUUAUGGAGUGAACUAAUGCCUGGAAUGGGAACUGCGCCAGAAUCCGCAACACAAAGACAUUCAUUCAAAUUUGAUGCAGCGUCAAACAUCUCAUGCUGUCCUAGAUAUUACCCGGAGAUAGCGACAUGUGAAUGUCUCUUUUCAUAGGUGUGGUUAUAAGACAUCUUUAGUAAGUAGUAUUUAGUAAUUCUAAACAAGUAUUGUAUAUUAUACAGAUAUAUUAAACCUUUAAUUUUCAUCUUUUUGUCUUUGAACACAAAAAGACAUUUGUCGGAGGUACUUAGUUUUUUUGUCCUUUUUGAACAGCAGAAAAUAAAUAGAUGAAUCACGUACUAGCGAAAAAUUAAUAUUUGUUUUAUAUCCGCAUACAGUCUACUGCUCCGUUUCUCCUCCAGACAUAUAAGAUGAAAUUCCAACAUGAUCUUAGAAAGCACUGUGAGAUAACUCCAAAUUAUUUAUUUCUUUAUCAGGAUAAAAACUUUUUUGAUAGUAAAACGAUUAAAGCUUGGAAAAUAAAACAUGUUCCUUUAUCAACAAUCCAAAUAUUAAAAAUUCAAACUGUGUUGAUCUGUCAUAUUAUUAACUACAAAUUAUUUUACUUCAAAUUAAACUAAAAUAGCAGGUGCUGAUGUGUCCUAAUCGUUACUGGAUACAUAAAGACAUAUUUAAAGCUCUGGGUCUUAACAUCAUCUCACAAUAUAAAAUUUAUUAUCUUAAUACUUAACUUUAUACAAAUACGCAACUAAAGAGAUAACAUUCCUUAAAACAUCACAAAUAAUAGCUGAAAGAUAUAUUUAAAUGUAUGUAUAUAUCCAAAUACAUUGAUGGUUGUGUACAUUCAAGCAGCACAGUAAACAUAUUUUAACUAUAACAAUUUUUAUAGAGAUUUUAACAGUUUUCUUAGCUGAUAUUUUGAAGAUACGUAUCUUUAGCCCAUAUUUAGAGGUUACUCAGAGAUUUUAAGAAAUUAAAUGACAUCAAAUUAGAUAUAUUUAAACUGUACCUCAAUAUAUCUUGAAUAUAAAAAACAAACAAUUUUGUUAUUUAUUAAUAUUUGAAAAGAAUGGAGUCGUUUUAACUGCAGUUAUCGAGAUAUUAACUAUUUUAUGUCAGAAAGAUGGAGUUUUAAGACGAAUAAAUAAUUAAAUUAAUAAAAUAAAGUAUCGAAUGUCUGAAGAAUCAUACAACUCGGCUCGUCGGCCGUGAUUGACACGCAGUUUUCAUCACAAGCCAAGUAGCAAGUUACAAAUAUGCCGAGCCACGAGCCAAGCUCGUCAUUAUAUAAAAACGCGGUAUUGCAAUGAUACACUGGCCUCUUGAUCAGGGCCUUUAGACAGUUUCAAAUGGAGAAGUUGUAAUCGGUUUAUAAUAAGUUAAAAUUUAAUUUGUAAGAUAUAACUGUUCAAAUAUUUUUAAUUUCGUUUGAAUUUACAGCGUUUGUGGUACGAUAUGUCACUUUUUGAUAAAAGUUAAAAUCUGUGAAUAACCUGAAGACACCUUAUAGCUUUAUCAAAUUUAGUAGUAUAAAUUGAUACUCUUUCCAUCGGAUAUGCAUUUUUCUCUCAUAUGAUAUAUCAACAAAACUAAAGGUAACAAAUUAUGGGCCAUGUGAUUUAGCAUUUUUUUUGUCAAUUUUGAUAUACAACUUUUGAUUAAGUUAUGUAAUAGCCGUUUUUGAGCUGGCUGAUAUGAACCAUUUCACACAUAUAGUUAAGAAAAAUUUAACAAUCGUAAUAUAUUUUAUAAAAUUUUUAUAAGCGUUAUAUUUUAUUCACAACAGUUAACAUACAAAACAUGCAUAAGGGUUUAGUAGUUCCUUCCGAAAAUAAAACAAAUUUCUUUCAAUUUUGAUUCCUGGCACAAUUCCUGUGAGUAAGGGUAUCGUUGACUAAAAGGGAAUUAAAAAAAUUUUUUGACGUGUACAUUAAACAUUUGAAUAAUUAUUUUAUGUCUUUAUUCAGAUCUAUUUGUUAUGGAAGGAACUACCAUAUUAGAAUUAGGUGCCGACCAGUGUUUAUCGCAUAAAUGUAUAAAUAAAACUUAAUAUGGGUUAUAUUAUGAGUAAAGGAUAUAAUAAUAAUUAUAGAGAUUAUAUAGAUGCAACAAAACAUACUGGUGAUAUCAUAGGCCAAUGAAGGACAAGAACUUAUCCAAAAAUACAAAUCUAAAUAUACACAGGUUGCAAUCAGACUAGUAGUUAUAUACGUAGCCAAGACAAUGUGCCUCAAAGAUUAAGAAUAUUUGAAAGGAAAACCCUCAAAAGAAUUAUGGGCCUGAUAAGAAUAGAAAAAAGGAGAAAUGAGAAGAAAGAACCAUGGAAUAAAAGAGAUUAUGAAGGGAGAAAAUGUAGUUAGGUGGACAAUUAUACGUCGCGUAUUAGUGCGUCAUAAAACCAUCAUCGUUGUAUAUUUACGCACAUCAAAAAAGAACAAAACAUAUUGUUUAUCAGAAAGGAUUAAGUUGAUUAAACUUUUUUCGUACUUUAUUAAGUAUUUUUUUGGUUGUCUGUUAAUUUUUAUUUAUUGAACUUAAGACACAUUAUUUAUUUCUAAGGCUGUACUAAGUUCACCGGGUCAACUAAAUGAAAAAUAUAUUUGUAACUUAAUUUCAUUGAGGUGAGUUGUCUAUUUCACUGUGGAAAAUACUUUUUAAACAGUCUAUACACAUUUGGAAAUUUUUUUUUCGGAACAUAUGAUUUUAAAUAUAAAUACUGAGAUUCCCUGAUUUGCAAUUAACCAGUGUAAAUUUCAAUACAACGUCGCGAUGUUUUAUAAUGAAUGUCUUGCUUGCUGCUCUUUUGCAAUUCGUAGCCGUAGCAGCGUAUUUGGCAAGCGCGCGCCGACAAUGUUGUUCCGUCUACCGAUUUUUCCUAAAACUCUUUUUGGGAUAUUCGUAAUUGUGGAUUUUUGUGCAGAUAAUAAUUAUGUUUUAUUAAUAAAAAUUUUAUUUGUGUUCAUUAGGUAUUAUUUGAAUUGGUUAAUUUAUACUUUCAAUACAUUUAUUAUUAAAAAAAUUGUUUUUAAUUUAAAAGGGUGUAUAUGGUAUAUGGAAAUCUACCAAUUUUUGUCGAAAGUGUCUACCAAUUUGGCAACAGUUCCAAGUAACAAUACCGACACAAUCAACUAUUAGUCGUAUUAUUAAAAAAAUUGAAUCGUUUAGUUGUAUACAAAACUGUCGAAAAUGUACGAAUCUACCACGAGAGACAUCAUUCAACGAAGUUCGGCAAAAUAGUGAAAUUGAUGUUUGUAGUGUUGUUGAAACUAGUGAUCCUUGUUCAAGCAAAACCAUCGCUGAAGAAUGUGACAUGAAUGAUAGAAGUGUCAGCAAUAUUGGAAACGAAACGGUUACCGUUGUUUUAAAAUUUCAACUACUCAAGAGUUAUUAGCCGAGGACAAUUUCAAACGCAUAGAAUUUUGUGAACUCAUGAUGGAUAAACAAAAUGAAAAUGAAUAUUUUUGAAAGAACGUUUUGUUUACCGAUGAAUCGACAUUUUCGUUACAUCGAAAACAUAAUCCUUCCAUCGUACGAUAUAGGUCUCAGCACAAUAAACAAUUAAGUAUUCCAGUACGAACACAAUAUCUCCAAAAACUUAAUGUUUGGUCAGGUAUUUUGGGGAACUAUAUCGCUGGUUCAUUUUUUAUUGAUGGAAAUUUAACGGGUAAUAAAUAUUUAGAAUUGUUGCAAAAUCAAAUUAUUCCGGUAGUUAAAUUAAUUCCUGUAAACUUUGACGAUAUUUGGUUUCGACAAAGAAUACACGAGCAGUUCAAAAUUAUUUAGAAAUUAUUUUUGGAAAUAAACUAAUUUCUUCCCGUUGUACAAGUGGUCUCUCAGAUCACCAGGCUUAUACCCAAAUGAUUUUUUUGGGGGUAUUUGAAAGCAAGUGUUUUUAUGGACAUGGUUUUAAAAGAGCCCGAAAAUUUAGCGGAAAUGUGUUAUUUCUAGAAAUCACUUUUUUUCAAGCCAUUCUGGCAAUAAAAUAACAAUUUUUUAGUUAAAUAAUAUUUUUAAUUCCAUAUGUACGUAAAAAUGUACGUUUUUGGCGAAUUGAUAUGCACUAUACCUGUGUUCCAUUUUUACACUGGCGGCUAGAUUUACCAUACGAUGAUCGCUUGCGUUUGCUAAGGCUGGAGAGGGAGUCCAGUCGAACAAAUAAAUGAAUUAUAAAACAUCCCGUCGUUGUAUUGAAAUUUACACUGGCUAAUUGCAAAUCAGGGAAUCUCAGUUAUUGUAUUAAAAAUUCUAUGUUCCGUUAACAAAUUUCCAAAUCUUUAUAUGACAAUUAUAUAAAGGACAAAGCAUUAUAAAGCAUAACAACAAAAAACUGCUUAUAAUUACACAAAUACCAAGUUUUUAUUAACCAGUUACUCACGGUUAUUUGAGCAGUUACACAAAAAUAAUUAUUACUCGUUAUCUACCCAUCUCUAUUAAGCUAUAUUUAGUUGUCGCCUUUAUUCGCUCCGUGCGUGACUGAUGCGACACCUACCGCCUUCAUCUGACAAUUUUGGAGUCCCAAUUUUCAGGUUAAAUAUAUGACAUAUGUUUGACAUUGUUAAACACAUGCGAAAUUGACAAUUAUUAAUAAAUUAGUUUUUUAACUAUAUUUUUUCAGUUUAUGUACAAAAUAAAUGUAGUAUUAAAAACUGAGUUUCUCAAAAUUCAUCAUAAUAUAUCUUUUCAACUCCAAACGGAAAAGAAAGCGAAAAAUCUAGUACUGGCAAAUCAAGUUUUUCACGCAAAAGAGCAUAUAAUUAAAAACAAUAAUAGUAAAAGUUAUGAUCUAAAAGCUAAAGUCAUCUGCAGUUAGCUUGAAGCCUUAUGAAAUAUUAUUCAAGGUAAAUUAUUAAAAUUGUUCCUAUUUCAAUUGCAUAAAAAUGAAAUUAUGUUAUAUUUACUUUUUCAUAUUAAUAGCACGAAUUCAUCUUUUUCUUUUCUCUAAUUUAUAUGUAAUCUUUGGGAACCUAUAAAAACUACACUCACUGUUUUUGCUAUUAUUAGCAGAAUUAAAUACGCAACAUGUAUUUGCACACAUUUUUGAUAAAACUUAUGCGUAAAAAUAGUUUGUCCAAUAUUCCAAUUUUUUCAUAUUUCGCCGCUACGCACGCUGGCAUCGUUUUAAUGUACCCCUACCAUGGUCACGCACGGAGCGAAUAUCAUCCUCAAUUUAAUAAAAAAUAAACAGCAAUUAAUGCGUAAAGAUGGAAGACACCUAACUAUUUUAUUAAUGUUUCAACCAUAUAAGGGUAUUACACUAAAAUUAAUAAUUGACGCCAUAUUUCAAUAUUAUUUAAAUUAAAAUAGUUAUAACACAGAUUAAAAUAAAAGGAAACAAUACCUAAUUGAAAAUGGCAGUGGUAAACAUUUUUCUUAGAAAAUAGAAAUGAAAAAUUUUGUAAAUACCCAAUUUUUGAAAAAUAUAUCACUUUACAUUAUGUUUACACAUGACAUGGUGCUUUAUAGGUAUUGUCUAAUAGGAUCAUACAAUUGGUAUAAGUAUUUGAAGAAGUUUCCACCUAUUACCAUUCAAAUUUUUUUCUAUAUACUAGACAUACGAUUAAAUCAUGGUAGAUACUGCCUUACACCAUAUAUAACGAUAAGAAUUACAAAGAAAAUCACUUAUUAGAUCGCGUUGCUAAAUAAAUUAGAAUUUUACUUUACCAGAACUCUCAGCAUUCUACAAGGUAUGAAGUUAUCUGGAAGUAUCCAAUUCGUUUGAAUUCGAUAUUAUAAUAUAUUCACUAUUAUAUAAACCUUACUUUUAAUUAAACAUAAUUUAUAUUUGAUGUUUCGAUUCUCACCACGUCAUUCUCAAAAAGCGGUUUAUUCGUUUUAAAUGUAUAAUAGUUAAUGUAAAAAUAGUAUAACAAAGGGAAGAAGUCGAGGGUGAUCACCAACCUGAUGAACGGAUAUAGUCGAAAACUUAUUAAAGUAGGAUCGUUUUAGCCUGUCGCACAAGUAGUAAAAGUGUCUGUUCAGAUUUGCCCCAGGUAGUCAGCGGUUCUCUUUGGUAGCGCUGAUUUAUCCUCAAGUACUACAGCCGACUAGUAGGAGGUUCGGUACCACAAAGUAUUUAACAAAUGUGGGGAAAGCAUAACAGAGUGGCUGUAACUAGAGUCAUAAAUUAUUUUUCGGGCGUUGAUCCGAAUACAAUAAAACGACUUCACUAUAAACACAAUAUUCGUCAAUGUGGUACGUCCAACCUGAAAUUUUGAUAUAUUGAAAGAGAGCGUAAAAAGAGCGAUACGUCUGGAGUCACCGCAACCUCCAUAAUCACUAUGCAUAUGUUAAGAUGUACAGCUUUGAAGAAAGUAGUGUUGUAUCAAUCGCGAUUGAUUCAUUCGCUUUCAUUCAAUCACUUCAACGUACUGAACGACCCAAUCCCGCUUUCUUUAUCAAUAAAUGCGUUUAACUUAACACUUCUGCGUUGCAAGAUCUGUAGUAUGUUCAUUUCUUUUACUUCCAAUCCUGUAUAUUUAGUGGAUCUAUAAAUGUAUUUAUGACAACUGAUUAGACAGCAAAUAGUUUACAAACUAUCAAAAAACCAGUCCAACUACUUCAAAAACAGCGUCAGAUUUUCUGAUAAAAAACAAAUCAAAAUUAUUAAGUAACUUUUUCAAUAGGAGUCGCAUCUAUCUAGAUUCUAGUGAUUGAAGAUGAUAACGGCAGAAUUUUAUCUUUGUGCGCUGGUUUAUGAUGCGCUCAUUUUCUUUCUCACUCAGUAUUUUCUUCAGUCUCUUGUUUAAGAGGUGGAAUAUUAACUUCAUUCAAAUACUUAUAUUAAAAUUACAAAUUUUCGUUAUAAAUACAUGUAUUACGUCAUACAUAGUUUUACAUAUAACUUUUGUUAAAUAUGAAAUAUAUAUCUCUGACAAUAUAUUACUAAUUACAAAAAAAAUUUUUGUAAUGUUUGCGUAUAUUUAAGCUUUCUCUUAUUGUUACUUGAACACUGUAAACAUUUAAGAUUAUUUAUAGUGACAAAAAUUGACGAUCUAUUUCUUUACAUAGACUCAGUCGACAAUGGGGAAUUUGACGAAUCUCUCACUGCCGCUGCAGGCGAUUGAUCUUGUUUCGCCAUCUUUAAAAAAUAUUUUUUUAGAGAGAGAACAUUUUUACUCAGAAAAAAAAAUUAUUUUUUUAAUGUGGCAAAGCAAGAAGAGUUUUGCAAUCAUUUAUGCGAUAUAGAAACAUUUUUUUUGCUAUAUCUCAAGAAAAAGGUAUUUUUGGGUACAGUACGACAAGCGAAAAGUGGCUUGUUGAGCAUUGACUAAAUUUGAUAUUAUUACUAAUGUGUCAUUUCUUCUCUGGCCGUUAACAGGAAGAGAUCGAGGUCCUACCUUUAAAUACACUGCGGUGUUGUCAAAUACCUAAAUAUUUCUUUAAAGUCUAACGAGUAUUUUGGGACAUAUUUUUGUGUGUUAAAGUUUAGGACAGAAGCUAAUCUAACGAGUAAUUAAUUUGAAUAAUAAAUUAAACAUAAUGCAUCAUUAUAAAAUAUAACUGACCAUUAACAUACAUUUAAUAUGAUUGAAUUUAUAAUUUACUUUAUUGACGUUAUUUUUACCUCUUAGAAGCAAUAACUGUUACUUUUAUUUUAAUAGGUUGGCUGCCGCGUGUACUGCCAGCUGUCAUUUAAAACAUAAGUACCAGACCAGCAAGUGAAGAUAAACUAGAAAUGAUCGCAGACGUUUCUGGUAAUGUAUGUGAAUAACUUACCGGCAGCCAACCUGUUUAAUAAAAAAUUAUUUUUCAACUUCAGUCGAUCAAAAAUUACAUAUUAUUUGCAGACGUGAGCUAAAAAUCAGUUCAUAUUCAUAUGUAUGUAUCAUAGGUACAAAAUUGUAGCUUAGCUAAUAAUAAGUUCUCUUCUCCGUCUAAAAAAAAACACAGAGUAUCCAAACUAAAAAUGAAUAAAGAAUAACUCCCAAAAUUCAAUUUUUUUUAUUUUCUUACGUUGUAUGCGAUUAAAAAAUAAGACUCGGCGCCAAUAAGACUACAAUCAUAAUUUUUUCAUUUUUUUUAGAUAGGAUGUAAUCAAUUUAAAACUUCAAAAAAUUCAUAUGUAUAGUUGAGGUUUUGCAAGACUUUGCAAGACCUAAAAAUUUUUUUAAAGCGUAAUUUUGUUUUUGGGGAUGGCUGCAGGUUUAUUUUCUUUUAUUUUGUGUAUUUAGUCAAAAAAUAUAUUUCUGAUUUUUACCAGAUUUUUCCGUAAAACGCGCACCUUCAAAAAUCUGAAAAACUUGUUUUUUAAGGGUUUUUUAGGAUUUUUCUUAUUUUAUAGACUUCCAAAUAGAUCAAAUCAAGUUUUUUUUAUAGGGUACAUAUAUAUAAUUUGAAGUAACCGAGUGUUUUAGGACAUUCUUUUAGAAUGUUCUUUGAAAUGCGGGGCUAAAUAGUGUUUAAAGGUGAUAAAAGACAGAAAAAUAUAAAAAAAAUAAGAUAGGGUUGCAUAUAUUUCUCUACUGCUGAAAAGUACAUUAUCUCAUGUUUUUUAAGAACAUACUUUGAAG